GGCGGGCGGCCCGCGCGGCCCCAGAGCCAUGGGCAAGUGCAGCGGGCGCUGUACGCUGGUCGCCUUCUGUUGCCUGCAGCUGGUGGCUGCACUGCAGCGGCAGAUCUUCGACUUCCUGGGCUACCAGUGGGCUCCCAUCCUGGCCAACUUCCUGCACAUCAUGGCGGUCAUCCUGGGCAUCUUUGGCACCGUGCAGUACCGCUCCCGGUACCUCAUCCUGUACGCAGCCUGGCUUGUGCUCUGGGUGGGCUGGAACGCCUUCAUCAUCUGCUUCUACCUGGAGGUUGGACAGCUGUCCCAGGACCGGGACUUCAUCAUGACCUUCAACACGUCCCUGCACCGUUCCUGGUGGAUGGAGAACGGGCCAGGCUGCCUGGUGACACCUGUUCUGAACUCCCGCCUGGCCCUGGAAGACCACCACGUCAUUUCUGUUACCGGAUGCCUGCUCGACUAUCCCUACAUUGAAGCUCUCAGCAGCGCCUUGCAGAUCUUCCUGGCUCUCUUCGGCUUCGUUUUCGCCUGCUACGUGAGCAAAGUGUUCCUGGAGGAGGAGGACAGCUUUGACUUCAUCGGCGGCUUCGACUCCUACGGGUACCAGGCACCCCAGAAGACGUCGCAUCUGCAGCUGCAGCCUCUGUACACGUCGGGGUAACUGCUGCCCAGCCCUUGCAGACGCUGCGCCCUUGGAGGCCGGACGCACAGGCGGCCGCAGCUGGCUCGGGCCUAGCCAGGGUAGGCGUGCCCCCUGGCGGCCGGCGGACUGACUGUAGCCUGCGCCGGCCCCACUUGGGUCCACUGCCAGAGAAGCUGAACUUGGCCUUGACCUUGGCCCUUUGCUGCCCAGACUUGGGGGCGGAACGAAGCGAAGCGGGGGAGGGGGAUAUCGGGAUUUGUAUUUUUUUUUUUAAUCUCUGCCUUGGCGUGUGCUGAGGCCUUGCUCCAUUCUCCAAUCUCUCCCUUUCAACCUUCACCCAGCACCCUGCCACUAUCCAGAGAGACAAACAGCCGAGUGGAGACGCCCACCCCGUCUCCCCACACUCAUUCACCAGCCUUGGAAUAGCUACUGUGAACAAACGGUGGGAGUGCUGGGUUCUAGUCGCAGCUCCAUCACUGACUCCUACACCUAACUCAGUCUUGGCCCUCUCUGAGCCUCAGGCUCACCCCCACCCCAACCCCCCGACCCCGAGUGAUUAAAAGGAUCUCUUAGCAGAUGAAAUUCUGCAGUUGCCUUGUAUGGUUCUCAGUUCCCCAGACAAAGGUAUCAUUCCCAUUCUGCAG